AGUCUGUAAGUAAGCAAGCUGAGAGCUAACGCAACGUUCACGACAAACGGAGCAACGAUCGAGGCUCUGGACGGUUCGAGAGCUCAGCGCCGAAUGCGAACCACUUUUGAGUACGGCCAGCUCUAGAGUCGGCAGGCCAAACCUCUAAAGUGAGAGUCAAAACAAAACGCUCUCAACCGCAACCGCAACCGCUGCGGCUACAACAACACGGAAAGAAAGUAAAAACAAAAAGGCGGCAAGGCAAGAUCGCUCGGUUACCUAAUAGCGAAGUUGGAGGCGCAGAUUAAUGGCCAGACGCUCUCUAUUCCACAACGCCAUGAAAUAUAGGAGGAGAAAACAGAAGCUUUGAGACUAAAAAAAACACAAGCGUUAUCAACAACCCGAACCAAAAACAAAAGCUACAGACGAUCGUCGCCUCGAUCGAACCAUUGUGAACUCAUAUCCAUAAUUUGUAGAUCUGCGGAUCUAUGACAUCUAUGCAUUUGUAAUUUAGAAAGCGCCUGAGCAGCAUUAUAAUACGCAGAGAUCGCAGCUAGAUCGCGGCUUCAUUGCAGCCAUUCACCCUCGACACACGCUCAGUGGAGCACAGAGCCCAGAGCACAGCUUGUGCAGCCUGCAGCUUGAUAGCUUGCUUUCACCUCUCGGCCAGGUGUCAGUCGUGUCUACAUCGCCGUCGCGAACCUCACUUACACAAUCCGCGCGAUGAUAAUGCUACGCUUCACGCUCUUCACAGUGCUCUUAUCGCUGGCCAGUGUCGAUUCCGGUAAUAAUGCACAGCAAAAUGUGCCGUCGCCCCUCUCAGCACCUGUGCGAAAUGUGCCGCACAGCUUCUCAGCCGCCAACCGCAGUCACAGCCACAGCAACAGCAGCAGCAGCAGCAUCAGUCGAGGCAAUGUACCAAUUGCGAUUGUCCAGCAGCAACAGCAGCAGGAGAAGGAGGAGGCAUCAGCCACAAAUGGACGCGACAAGAGAGGUGCCACCGGCAGCAGCAGCAGCAACAGCCGCAGCAACAACAGAAAAGGCAGAAACCAAAACAUCAGCAGUGGCACCGACGCCAAUCACUUUCAGCUGGAUCAGAGCGAGUUGGCACGCCAGAACCAGAUAACGCAACAGAUCUUUGCCAACUUUCUGGAGCGUCGACUGUUUCCCAAUCGCAGCGUUAGCCAGAAAAUACCCACCAUAGCGGAUAUACUGCCCAAGCCGAAGACGUCCCCGGGUCCUCGUCCACGCGGCUUCGCGGUUAACAGCGACAGCUACAAGAGCGGCGGAGGAGCUCAACGCAAUCGUCUUGCAGCUGUGGCAGCCAGCAAGCGGUUGGCGAGUUCAAGUAGCCAGCAGAUGAACUACGAAGAUGAGGAGGAGGAUCUGACGGACCAGCAGUCACAGGCGAAUAGCAAUCCGCAGGACGAAUACGAUGAUGUGCAGGAGUCACUGCAGAGCGUGGAAUCGGAGCAGCACGAUCAAUAUUAUAGCAAUAUAUUUCAUCGUGAUCCCAGCGAGAAUGAAGUUGAUAGCGACUGCCCCAACUGCGUGGACGAGUCGCAGUACACGCCAAACAAAUGGACGAUGCCGUUGCUGAAGCUGGGCGAGAAGCGCUACUACCUGGGCAUCUUCUUCAAGGCAAAUUGGUUCAAAGCCACGCAAUAUUGUCGCUACCAUGGCAUGCACUUGGCUAGCAUUUCAUCACAGGAAGAGAACGAUAGACUGGAGAAACACAUACGCGACUUUGGUUUGGGUCACGAGCAUUUCUGGAUAUCUGGCACAGAUCUGGCCGACGAGGGCAACUACUUUUGGAUGGCCACGGGCCGGCCCAUCACGUUCACCAACUGGAAUGCCGGCGAACCAAACAAUUUCCGCUACGAGAACGGCGAGGAGGAGAAUUGCCUUGAGCUGUGGAAUCGCGACGGCAAAGGUCUGAAAUGGAACGAUUCGCCCUGCAGCUUCGAGACCUACUUUGUCUGCGAGGUGCAGCCCGUCUGAUGGAGCGACUACAUUUCCCAUACACAUCUGCAUAAACAUAUAUGAAGCAUGCUUAUAUACGUAUACAUAAAUAUAUUCGUAUAUAUAGGAUAUCAAGCAUACGACAUGCGGCACACAAAGCACAUCAUUUAGUUGGCAAAAAAAAAUAAAUUAAACAAAGUUAGUUAUUAUGUUGCGUAGUGUACACUAGUUGUUAAGUAUGUGACGGCAUCUGAGCUUUGCUGUGCUAUGCUGUGCUGUGUAUGUAUUAAUCUAACUCUUGUACGAAUCCAAAAUUUCAACAUAAUUUAACAACAAUUCGGUGACGUUCAAGUUGUUGCUGAUGCUUAGCUAGUAAACAAAUUUAAAUUAUACGUUCGUGUAAAUUGUAGGAAUGUAAAAUAAAUAAAAUAUAAAAAA